UACAAACCCCAUUCUUUUCGCACACCAUCUAAUUUCUAGACGAUCAUCACUUCCCCCUCCACUUUUGAUCAUCAAACGAUUGCUCCAAGAAAAAUGGCACCAACAUUUACCAACCCUGACGAAAGCUACUUCUGGGGCAGACGAUCUGUUCGGGAUUCAUGGAUUGCUUUGUGGGUGAUGUGGAUGUUGUGGAUGUUCUUAUUCCUUGCAAAGCAGAUCUUUGGUUCGCCUCGUGUUUAUGAUGCAAGAGGCGAUCGUGUGCCCGCAGGCACAGCUGCGCCCGAUGUUGGACCUUACGGUAAUACAGCUCAUCAUGAAGCUGCUGUUGGUACUACCACCGCACCUGUUGCUGCUCCUGUUAAUCAGCACAAGGGUCAUUUUGGACGCACUGCCAACAACAUGAGAGAGCGCAUUAGAAGAACCCACAAUUUGGUUCGAGAUUUGACUCUUAUGCUCCUCUUGGCCUUGACGGUCAAUGCUUUUGGUUCUGGCUCUGCUGUCUUUGUCAACAUCAUGGCUUGGAUCUUUACUGCAUUGGCUUUCAUGUGGGCAGGAGCAAUCAUGAUGGUCGAGAGCCGCAUCUUAGAUAUGGCAUUCGGUGUCCUCGAGAUGCUGAGCAUCCUUGCAAUCCUUAUUGCUGCCUACGCAAUGGGAUGGAGGGUCUUAUAAAUGACUUGAGCAACAAGUAAACCCUUAUUUCUUUAACAUGCCAAGGAGGGAAAUGAGAAGUAGGGAAAUGACUGAUACUCUUUCCUUCCUUUGCAUUUACUUUUACUUAAUUUCACAUGAACAUAUUUUUUCGUAAUUAGUACAUAUUCGUAUUGUUUUUCAAUAGUAAAGCACCCAUUUGAUUGUAGUCAAUGUGGGCCUCUUAU